CCUCUCCUCAAUGGACUGAGCGAUGGGCCGCUUCAAGCCCAGGACAACGGCGGGCGCGACAGCUUCCACAUCAAUCGCUACCAGUCAGCUGCCAAUCGGCGAGAGAAGCAGCGACAAUAUCGAUGAGGAGGGCAGCGGCGAACGUGAGCAGGCGGAGGCGUCGACCACAGUAGCUGGGCUGGGCGACGAUGCUUCUUCCUCAGCUUCAGGCAUUAAAGCCAUCUCUCGCUCGGACGUUCAUCGGAUUACGAGCGGCCAAGUUAUUCUUGACCUUACAUCCGCGGUCAAAGAGCUGGUAGAAAAUGCUCUCGACGCUCGCUCGACCAGUAUCGAGGUCCGAUUCAAGAAUUUUGGCCUCGACGGUAUCGAAGUCAUCGACAAUGGGCAUGGCAUCGCUUCGCACGACUACGGCAAUGUCGCCCUACCUCAUCACACCUCCAAGCUGGCCCGCUUCGACGACCUCACUACGGUCACCACCUUUGGCUUUCGUGGCGAAGCACUCGCAUCCCUCUGCGCGCAUGCGGACGUGACGCUGCUAACAGCUACACAGGAUGAGGCGCCGAUGGGAACGCUGGUGGAGCUGGGUAAGGAUGGCAGCUUGGUGAGCUGCGAGAAGAAGCUGGCAAGGCAGCGCGGGACGACUGUAUCUGUCAAUGGUCUCUUUCAGGGUUUGCCGGUCCGUCGCAGGGAGCUGGAGAGGAACUGCAAGAGGGAGUAUGGAAAGGCACAGGCCCUUCUGCAGGCUUAUGCGCUCAUCUCUAAGGGAGUGAGGUGGAGCAGCUCGAAUACCACCGGCCCUUCCAGCGGCAGUGGUGGGGCUGGCAGCAGCAGCAGCAACGGCACGCAGCCACGCAAGAAUGUCGCCCUCACCAUCUCUUCGGCCAGCUCGCCAGACUAUUUGAUGCGCAACUUCGCUGCCCUUUUUGGGUCCAAGGCGCCCGCUGCUGUGCAGGAGUUGAAGCUUGACCUCGAGAUUGAGCGUGGUAGACCGAAGAGACGGCUAGGUCAGGUGGCAGGAUCCGCGAAGCCCAGAGCACCCAGCAAAAGGACGCGCAAAUCCUCAGACGACGACGGCGAAGCUUUAGGGGGCGAGGAAGACGAUGCCGCCUCAGGCAGGGAGGACGAGGCGAACAGCGCUAGCGAAGACGACGAAGAUCAGCAAGACGAUAUCGACACGUCCAACCGCCAGGCCAUAUCCGUCCGUGGGCUCAUCUCUCGCCCCACUCGAGGCUCAGGCCGCACCUCGACGGACAGGCAAUACCUCUACAUCAACGGUCGCCCCUGGGACAACGUCAAGGUGACGCGCGCCUUCAACGAGGUGUAUCGCCACUUCAAUAUGAAUCAAGUACCCAUCGUCGUUGCUGACUUCCUGCUACCGACGGAGAGCUACGAUGUCAACGUGAGCCCGGAUAAGCGCACCAUCUUCCUGCAUGAGGAAAGCCAGCUUGUCGAGGCGCUCAAGGCUGCAUUGGAGGAGCUGUGGGCUCCCGCGAGGAGUACGUUGGCUGUCAAUAUGAUUGGGGGAACGCAGCAGAAGUUGCCGAUGGCGAGUGCUCCGGCUCCGGCUACCAGGACCUCGUCAGCGAUAGCGAGGGAUGAGGGGCAGGAGGACGAGGACGAGGACGAAGAGAUGAUGGAAGAGGCUGCAGGGAGAGAUAGUGUCGAAGAUGAGGGGGAGCAGGACGAAGACAUCACUCCGCAAGCCCCGUCACGCUCAGACGAAAUUGACGAGUCGGACGAGGAUACAGCGGACCCUUCUACACUGUCAAGCACACGUCGCUCCACCGCUGCGAUCCCAUCAAGACUCAACGGCAACGUAUCAGCCGCAGCAGCUCCAUUUAGCGCUCGCAGAAGCACAAGCACAAGCGCUGCUCCGUCUUUUCCCUAUCUACCGCCUGCCCGCUCCUCCACGAAUCCCUCCAGCAGACCAUCAGCCUCCAUGCCAGCCGCCCUGGUCGCUCGAUCAAAGCAGCCGUCACAAACUCUUCAUCAGAUGCUCGCCCGGUACAAGGCUCCUCAGAGUGAGGCGCCGGCGGUCGAUGAGGACGGGGAAAGAGACGAUGCAACAGGAGAAGAGCAUGGCGAGAUCGAGGCUGAGCAAAGGGCGGAAGAAGAAGCGCAAGAGUCGCCCGCCGGCGCAGCGCUCCAGCCCGUUGAGGAUCUAGAGUAUCGCGAAUCGCUACCGGAGUCACAGCUGGAGGCUGGAGAGCAAGAGGCGUCAGAUAUGGUAGAGCAUCCCGCGCCGCAGGCUGACCGUGGCGAUGGAAGCGAGGAUGGAGAAGACGACGCUGAGCAGCUACGCAAGUCUAAGCACGUCUCACGAGACGGUGCGGAGGCCGAUGAGGACGACGAUGAGAGACGCCGCAACCUCGCUGGCCUAGAUGAAGGCGACGAUGAGGCCGGCAACGGCGCCGCACCCUCACAGAGCCAUCGAGAGCGACCGCUAUGCACAGCCGCUGCGGGCACAUUGGCUAUCGACAUUGCUUCCCUAGCCGAGCGCUUGUCCAGCAUGCGUACAACGCAGCGAUCAAGCGAAGCCAACGAGCAAGGCAAUGAGGAUGCGGAGGUCGACCUCUCCGAGGCGGGCAUUGAGAAUGCCAACUUCGCUGACGUGGAAAGCAGACUGGAGCGCGUGAUCAGCAAGACCGAUUUCGCAGAGAUGGAGAUCCUCGGUCAAUUCAACUUGGGCUUCAUCAUCGCCCGCAGAAGGAGGAGUGCCAAAGACUCUGGUGUGGGAGUAGCUGGAGCGGGCAUGGACGACCUCUUCAUCAUCGACCAACACGCUUCGGACGAGAAGUUCAACUUCGAGACCCUCCAAACCCAAACCAAGAUGAGAAGCCAACGCCUCAUUGUCCCGCGAGCGCUGGAGCUGUCAGCCACCGACGAGCUUGUGGCUACUCAGCACUUGGACGCAUUGAGCGCCAACGGCUUUGAAGUUAGCAUCGACGAGUCCCUCCCAGCCGGCUCGAGGGUGCAUCUCAUCUCCCAGCCUGUAAGCAAGAAUGUGACUUUCGGCGCCCGCGACCUAGAAGAGCUUCUCUACCAGCUACGAGACGUCACGCCCGGCUCAGUCAAGGCAAUGUCCGUCCGCUGUAGUAAGGCGAGAGCUAUGUGGGCUUCUCGGGCUUGCAGGAAGAGUGUCAUGAUUGGGACGGCUUUGAGUAAAAGGCAGAUGCGCGGGAUCGUGCGCCAUAUGGGGACUAUUGAGCAGCCUUGGAACUGCCCGCACGGAAGGCCAACGAUGCGGCAUUUGGCUUGUUUGAGGAGCGUGGGCGCAGAGGCGGGAAAAGGGAGAAGGGAGGUUAUGUGGGGGAAUGCGGGGGCACUGUGAGUGGGUGCGUUUGCGGAUCGCGCUACUCGUGGGCUGUGU